GUGAAAGUUUCAGUUUUUCCUAAAUCUUCUUCUUGUUGUGUCUUUGUUUAUGUUGCUAGUAGUAGUAGUAGGAGAAGAGGAGGGGUUGGGGGGCAGCUCGUGUGACGGAGAGUUGGUGGUGGUGACUUGAGAGGUUGUUGCGUUGCCUGCGAAUUCUUUAACCCAACCCCCACCUCUCUUCUUCCUUCCACGGCUUCUUGGGCUUGCCGCUGCUGUUCUUUGGUCUUCUUGGAUCUCUGACUCUAACAGCGUAUCCGACAUCUCCAGUUCUUGGUUCUUGGAGGGCUUGGAGAGGAGGAGGAGGAGGAGGAGGAGGUGAGAUGGGUAGCUUCGGGAGGCUGGCGAGGAGGGCCGUGGAGACGGACGCGCCGGUCAUGGUCAAGAUGCAAGAAUUGCUUCGAGGGAACAAGGAUGUGAUGUCGCUUGCGCAGGGAGUUGUUUAUUGGCAGCCUCCUGAGGCAGCUAUGAAUAAGGUUAAAGAAAUUGUAUGGGAACCAUCAAUCAGUAAAUAUGGCUCUGAUGAUGGUCUUCCUGAACUCCGAGAAGCUCUUCUCGAGAAGCUGCGCAGAGAGAAUAAGUUAACCAAUUCAUCAGUUAUGGUUACAUCUGGUGCAAAUCAGGCCUUUGUAAAUCUGGUUCUCACCCUUUGUGAUGCUGGGGAUGCAGUUGUCAUGUUUGCACCAUACUACUUCAAUUCCUACAUGUCAUUCCAGAUGACUGGAGUGACUAACAUAUUAGUUGGUGCAAGCAAUCCUGAGACUCUUCAUCCUGAUGUUGAUUGGCUGGAGAAGGUUCUGCGAGAAAAUAAUCCUAUCCCUAAACUUGUUAGUGUUGUGAAUCCUGGAAACCCCUCUGGAGCUUUUAUUCCGAAGCCGAUGCUCCAGAGAAUUUCAGAACUGUGCAAAAAUGCUGGUGCAUGGCUUGUUGUUGACAAUACCUAUGAGUAUUUUCUUGAGAUAGUUCUUAUCCGUAAAAGAUAUUUUAUGUAUGAUGGAAUGGAGCAUUAUUGCUUAGAGGGAAAUCACAUUGUCAACCUCUUUUCAUUCUCAAAGGCUUACGGAAUGAUGGGGUGGCGUGUAGGAUAUAUUGCAUAUCCAAAUGAAGCUGAUGGUCUCCACGCACAGCUGCUCAAAGUGCAAGAUAACAUACCUAUCUGUGCCUCGAUCGUCGGGCAGCGCCUGGCGCUCUAUGCAUUAGAGGCUGGCCCAGAAUGGAUCAGAGAAAGAGUGAGAGAUCUAGUGAAAAACCGUGAAUUGCUUAUGGACGCGAUGUCUCCGCUUGGCGAGGAGAAUGUCAGGGGUGGGGAGGGUGCCAUUUACCUCUGGGCAAAACUACCUGAGAACUGCUCAGAUGAUUUUGAAGUUGUCAGAUGGCUUGCAAACAAGCAUGGUGUGGCUGUGAUCCCUGGGACUGCCAGUGGAGGCCCUGGAUACAUCCGGGUUUCCUUCGGAGGGCUGAAGGAAUCAGAUACAAGGCUUGCUGCUGAGAGGCUAAGGCGCGGCUUGCAAGAACUUGUAACUGAGGGAAUGGCACAGUAGCAACCCAAUGGAUGCAAGAAUACAUGACGUACAAAAUCACACAGGUGAAAAUUUUCAGUGAUAUAAUUAUUCUGGGAUUAGUUCAAGCGAAGAAAAGUGCUGCCAUAUUUUUCAAGAUAACAUGGUUAUCAGAAAUGCUGAAGUUUUUGUUUCAGAGAACUGUGUCACAUUGGAUUUCCUAGUGGAAAUUUGAUUUGGUGGGUUGAGAAUCGAGACAAGAAUAAGACUCAUCCACCCCUGUGGAAUACCAUUGUCAAUUAAAAAAGGGUGUUCGUGUUAGUACUUACUGUUAUUUAAAAACCUUUUUUUCUCCCUAAAACCAGGACAGCAGAUGUACACAAGUAAGAUAUAGCAACAAUAAGCUGUUCGUGAGGCGCUUUGUUUUA